AAUGUGGUACGGGGGUGCGGGUUUUUAAGAUUUUGUAAAUAAACAAGCUAAAAGUUAUUUAUUUAAAAUGGAAGAUAAUACCCCAAGUAGAGAUUUGGUGUGCGUGUUAUUCCCUGGAUUAGUUAAAAAUGAAGAAAAAGCCAUACAAUGUCUAGGAGGUAUAAAACAAAUAUCUCAGGUUUAUUCUCAGCCGGCGAAAAAACGACUCGGAUUGAGUUUUCAGCCUGAUAAUCCAUAUGUGAAAAAAAUAUAUGCUAAUUGUAAGAAGGCUACUGGUGUGGUGCUGAAGGUUAAAAUCAAGAAGACAAAAGUGGACAAUGAGGUGAACAGGGAGGUUGUAUCUACUUCUGUCGUGGGACGAGUAAAAAAGAUGUAUAAAUUUGAAGCAAUGUGUGACUUUCAGUAUUUACCAGUUCAUAGAGAAGGGAAUGGGCCUUUAAAGUGUGUCUUAGAACAACUUCUUCCUUCUGGAUUAGAUGAUGUCAGUUUUGUGACAGGACCAGCACCAAUGUUCAUAGUACCAUCCAACUUUACACGCUCAGAUAAGCCCACAAACUAUUCAUACACUGACAAACGCUAUAUUUCCAAGGAGAUCAAAGACACUGACCUGCACUGUAGGGUGAGAGCAGAGCGUGGUACACCAGUUGUACGAUUUGACUUUAACCUGGUUGAUGUAUUGCCAACGGAGCCUCACGAAUAUUAUAUGAAUCGCAAAGCUGCAAAGGUUAAAAUCUUUCCAGAGUUGGAAAAUGAGUAUCAGACAGUCAAAAAGAUGUUUGAUGAGCGACCAAUACUAUCUCAGAAUUUAAUAAGAUACCAAACGAAGUUUCGGAUAAGCUGUUUGAAGAUAAUUCUGCCUUGUCUGUCUCUGUAUAUGAUGAGCGGGCCGUGGCGGAUGUUAUGGGUGCGGUAUGGGUACGAUCCCCGGAAGGAGCCGGGGGCACGAAUAUACCAGACAUUAGACUUUAGGUUACGACAUGAAGCGGGCGUUCACUCGAUGGUGACGACUAAAGAUCAAGUGACGCACUACAAGAGGGCGGACCGCGUGCGCUACCGUCGCUGGCUCGACUCCGAAGGUUUAGCGAUCGACGCCAUCGAAGUCAACGAGGGCGCCGUCUAUUUCCGACCAGGAAUGGUGCCUACGCAGCGGCAGGUAUUCUAUAUGUACUGCGACGUGAAACUCCCAGAAGUAGAAGCUAUAAUAUCACAGGAGCCGCCGGCGGGGUACCUCUGCCACCCGAAGCGCGGCUGGCUACCCCCCAACGCCGACCAGCUGUGCCGCGACCACAUUUUCAAAUACGUCAAGGAGACGCUUCUUGCCAAUCACAACACUGAAUUUAAACUAGAGCAAGGAAGCAGCGACGACGGGUCCAACUCAGAAGACGACGGCGACAGUUUCACCGACGAUCGUUCAGAACCUUCCACUUCUAAUACAUGUUGAGUUCAA